AUGACCAUCGCCGUCGCCAUCGUCGCCCUCGCGGUGGUUUCGCCUCUUCCCUUCCUGCCAGGAACCCAUGCGGCCAAGGGACGAGCAUCGAGUGGGGUGGAUGCGCCACUCUCACCCUCCACUGCCUCCCUGCUUUGCGAGUACCACCACCCAUCUCGUGCCCCCCUCCCGCUUCCCUCCCACUGCACUGCACUAGGGUCGGUCCUGCAGGUGCUGAAGCGGGAGUGGGGCGGGUUCGACGGCAGUGCGACGUGGUCCUCUGGCGCCAACUGUGAAAACGGGGGCAUGGCUGGGAUUGCCUGCACUGGCUUUGGCGACAUCAUCGCCAUGGACCUGACCUCCAAGGGUCUCAGGGGCAGCAUACCCACCAGCAUCGGCACCCUCCCUGAGCUGCAAUUCCUGAUCCUGGCAGGGAAUCAGCUUACAGGGCCCCUCCCGCCAAAUUUUGUCAACCCGGCUGUUCUGAAUCAGCUGGACCUCGGAGACAACCAACUCAGUGGCUCCAUACCUGCAAACUUCAGUAGGCUUGGAGGGCUGAUGGAACUGCGUCUGAACAACAACCAGCUCUCAGGAUCUAUAUCAGAGGACAAUAUGCCAGCCUGGGCCAGCCUUAGAGUCCUUCUACUCAACAACAACCAGUUCUCGGGCUCUAUACCUGCCAAAAUAAACAUGUUGCUAGGCCUUACAGAACUAGACUUGAGUAGCAACCAGCUGACGGGAACCAUGCCUGCUGACAUCAGCGUCUUGACAAAUCUUGAAUAUCUGAACGUGGGCAGCAACCUCAUGACAAACAACAUACCUGCACUCAGCACACUCACCAACCUCUACUACCUAGACCUCUCCAGGAACAAGUUCUCAUUUCUUUUUCCCACGGAACUAGCAUCGCUGAGGAAAUUGCAAUACUUGUACUUUAACGACAACGACAUUAUGGGAUCUGUUUCCCCUAUGCUGGUUCUGUUGUCAAACCUCCUGGAGUUGUCCAUCGCCAACACGCGUGUGUCAGGCAAUGUGAACGAUUUUCUAGCCACCUUCACCACCGUCACUGCUCUAGACAUCUCGAAGGCCUCUUUUUCCGGGGGCCUUUCAGCAGGAAUAAGUGAUCUCUCCCGAUUGCAAGUGCUUCGCAUGGGAGGAGUUGAACUCAACAGCGUGCUCCCCCCAGAGAUUACUGCCCUCAAUAGCCUCUCCCUGCUGGACCUUAGCAACACUCAAACCAAGGGACCACUGCCAGAUCCUCUUAGCCCCUUGGGUAACCUCCGCCACCUCAACCUGAGUGGCAAUAGUAUCGGAGGUUUCGUUGACCCAAUCUCCAACCUCAUAACCCUCACCUACCUUGGCCUGUCAGACACUAGUUUCUCCACCACCCCUUCCAAUGAUUUCUCCAGGCUCAGGAACCUGGAGGCACUUGACCUCAGCAACAACUUUUUUUUCUCCUCCAUCCCCCAGUUCCUCUUCGACCUGCCGCUGCUCAAGUCCCUGAAGUUGGACAACGGUGCCUUUAUUGGUUCCAUUCCUGUACCAAAAGACCUCAACACCGCGUUCUCGCACCUCGACUUGUCCGGGAAUGCUCUCUCAGGGUCUCUUCCUGAUGGAAUUUCCAAUGUUGCUGGUGCAGUCACCAUUGAUAUGUCAGGCAACGGUAUCGAUGGCUCAGUUCCUGCUUCCUUCACCAGGCUAAGAAAACUGCAAAAUCUAGUGCUCGCGUCCAACCAGCUCUCUGGCGACAUCGUUCCCAUUGUCAGCCAACUCACGGACCUCAGGAAACUGGAUCUGAGCUCCAACCAGUUAUCAGGGCCACUGCCCUCCGACCUUAGUCGUGCCACUGCCCUCUCUCACCUCGACCUCAGCAGCAACAUCUUCUCGGGAUCGCUGCCUUUGGGCUACAGCCGCCUCUCCCAGCUCUCCACCCUGGGUCUGUCGUCCAACCUUCUCUCAGGCUCCAUCCCAGAGCCGCUUAUUGCUGCGCUCACCAAUGCACCUCAGCUGGACAUGAGUCGCAACCAAUUCUCUGGAUCAAUGCCCUCCUCCCUCUCCCUCCUCACCAAACUCACCAACCUGAAUUUGAGCUUCAACCGUCUCUCGGACUCGACCAUUUCAUCUAUAAGCACCCUUACUGCACUUGAGGCGCUAUCUCUCUCCAACAAUCUUCUCACGGGUUCCGUGCCAGCAGGAGUACUUGCAAAGAUCGCCAACCUGCAGAAGCUAGACCUGAGUUACAACAUGCUAUCGGGAACUGUGCCUGUGGGCAUCACUGUCUUGGGUGCCAUCACCAGCAUUGACCUGAGCAACAACGACCUGUCCGGCCCACUGCCAAUGAGCAUCAGCGAGAUCACCACCCUCAAGGACCUCAAUCUGGGUGGCAACGAGUUUACCGGCUCCAUACCUUCGCAAUACUCCACUCUCAACAAUCUUGUAUCGCUCAAGCUCUGCUGCAACAAAAUCAGCGGCACUCUGCCAACGCUUCUCGGAGGGCUCUUGAAGCUGGAAACCCUUGACCUGAGCAACAACCGUCUGCAUGGAACCAUCCCCACUCAGUUCACCGGCCUUGUUCGCCUCACUCUCCUAAACCUGCGCAACAACCAGCUGACGGGCCGUAUACUGCAGCCCAUCCCAGCAACCCUCACCUCCUACAAUCUCGAUCUCAACUACUUCUCCUCAGGCUUCUCCUCCCCGCCUGACUGCGCCCAAGGCUCCAUCUCCUUCCGCUUCAAUUGCCUUGAAACCCCUGCUGACGGCUACGCCUGCCCCACGCCUGCCACGCCCUCUGCUGCGGCUGCAGCGGUGCAGCGGCCGGAAGUGCUCUGUGCUGCGUUUUGCGGCGUGAGUGCUGUCAAUCCCCCGUGCGGUGGGCAUGGCGCGUGCUUUCUGGAUGGGCCCAGCAAAGUUCCCACGUGUGACUGCGAUUCCGGGUUUGUCAUCGGGGAGUUGCCUGGAAGUUGCGUCGCUGAAGGAAGCGUGCAGAGCGACCCAAUGGACAUAGAGCCCACAGCAGCGCAAACAGCAGUCAAAGGGCAGGCGGCAGUAGCGACUGAUGGUACCAUCACACUCACAGUCUCACAGCCCAACACGUGGGGUGCAGCGUUUUUCAAGCUCCCCGUCUCGCUCUUCUCCUUUGCCCUUAAAGCCGGUGCCUGCGGCCGCCCCUUCGCCUUCACCGUCUAUUUCUCCUUCUCCAUUCUCAAACCAGCCCCUGCCAACGCAGCAGCAGAAACUGGGGAUGGUUUUGCAUUUGUGAUUGCCGCCAGUGACACUGCGACGGGCGGUAGCAGCGGCAGCAGUGACGGCAGUGGUGGGGGCGGCAGUUUGGGGUAUGCAGGCAUGGAUGAGCGCAGCAUAGCAGUGGAGUUUGAUACUACCAGUAACACCGAUGCGAACGACCCGGACAACAACCACGUAGGACUCAGUGUGAAGGGAAAAACCUCCUCCAUCGCAAUAGCCAAAGCACCCUUGACUCUCAACGACGGCACUCCAAAGCACGCCUGGAUUGUUUUCGACCCCUCUCCUUCCUCCUCUUCUUCUAGUUCCACCGCUGGUGCCAGCGCUAACACUCGCGGCACGGGGUCGCUGCAAGUGUUUCUCUCGGCCAAGGCAUCCCCCCGACCGAGCAAGGCAGUGCUGUCGGUGCAGGUGUCUCUUUGCCACUACCUCAAGCCCACCAAACAGGAGGCUUCGUUCCUCAUGGGCUUCUCUGCUUCUGCGUCUGACUCCCCGCAGCAGCACUCCAUCCUCGCUUGGACCAUCAACGCAGGCCUACCGGAGCCAACCACCCUCACAGGCCAGCAGUUUGGGUUCCGAUUCAGUGAGGCGUCAUUGUCACCAGUAGGAGCGAACCCCUUUUUCCGCUAUGCCAGUGGGGGCGUGCAGCCUUUGGAGGCGCCAGGAGGAGGAGAGGACGAGGAGGUGUGGGUUGUGAGCCAGGCGUUCUCCUGGGCUGAACUGGGACUGCCGUGGCCUGUUAAGAACCAGGGCGCCUGUGGCGACUGCUGGGCGUACGCGGUGGUGGGCAGCAUAGAAAUGGCAUACGGCAUUCUCUCCAACCUCUCCGCCGUGCCGCUCCUCUCCGUCUCCCAGCUGCGCGACGCCCUCGGCUCCUCAUGCUCGCAGGGCAACUCGCCCUCCCAGGCCUUCCAGUAUCUCAUCACCCUCAACGCCAAGAGCAAACUAGGGCUCACGGAGGAGGGCGGGGCGAAGGUGGUGGUGAGCGGGGGCGGGAGCACGAAGACGGGAAGCACCAGCACGAACCCGUUUUGUGGCGUGCCUGUUUUCGCUCAACUUGUAAAAGCGUUUGGGAUCUCGUGCAGUCGAGGUCGGACCACUGGAUCGAGCAAGCCAUCGGGGGGGCCGUUCAGAGUGGACGGGUUUGAGCGCACGGCGUUCCACAGCUGGUUUGGGCUGCUGCUGGCCGUGCAGCGACAGCCCGUGGUGGUGCAUGUGCAGGCCACCGUCCCCUCUUUCCUUAACCACGAUGGGCUAUCCAAGUACGAUGACCCCUCGUGCUUCGCGUACAACCUGAACCACGUGGUGCUGCUGGUGGGCUAUCGCCUCACCGGCUCAGACCCCACCUUCCCGCACAUGGCGCCGCCCUUCUGGAUCAUCCGCAACUCAUGGGGCCCGGAGUGGGGCGAUGGCGGGCACAUGCGUAUGGACAUCCAGGGGGGCGACGGCGUGUGUGGGAUCAACACGCUGCCUGGGAUCUACCCGGUGGUGCGCGCUGCCAAGGACCCCUGCAAUGUCAACGGGACGAGCAGGGAGGAGUUUGGGUCGCUGUUCAACCCGUGUGGCAACUUCACGUGCACUGUUGAUGGAAGCAGCAACCGCUGCGAUUGCAACGACCCUCGAUUCGUGGAGGCUCGCAAUCCCGACAGCACGCGCACCUGUGCUUACAAGGACGCAUGCAGAGCAGCGGUGCGCAAUCCGUGUGCGGUGGGCACGUGUGUGAAUGAUGGCAAGGGGUCGUACUCGUGUGUGUGCCCUCCGGGCUUCAGGCAGGGCACCACGGUUGAUGGCACCUUCUCCUGUGCUCCUGGUGAUUCAAGCAGCAAGUACAUGGUGGUGUUGGAGGGGCUCACGUGUGCAGACAUCCACCCCGUCUACGACCUCACUCUCGCUCAGCUGCAAGCCCAGAACCAGGGUCUGAGCUGCAGCGCUCCUCUUUUUGUCGGCACGGUGGUGAACGUGGUCCAGCCAGAUGACCUCACGCCCUGCUCCGUCUACUACACCACGUCAGAGGGAGACACAUGCGAGUCUCUAGCCUCCUACUUCUCCCUCACGGCUGGCUGCCCUUAUCCUACCCAGCCCUGCGCCGAGGCCUUCCAGGCGCUCAACCCGGGGCUGGACUGCUCCAGCAGCAGCGGGGAGCUGGUGGGCAGCCAGGCGGUGUGUGUGGAGCGGCGGGCGGAGAGUGCAGCGGCGCUGCUCAUCCCGGUGUGCUCGCAGUUCUAUCUGGUGCAGGCCGGGGAGACGUGCGACCAGAUCCGCUCCGUGCCCUCCCCGCCGCUCUCCCCUCUCGAGUUCUUCCGCCUCAACCCCGGCAUCAAGUGCAGCCGCCUCGUGCCCAAGACUGACGUCGGCAGCCUCACAGGCUUCGAGGUCUCCCUCUGCCUCUGCUCUCCUCUUCCUCCCCACAUUCCUCUGCUUUAUUCUCUCCUCUCCUACAUUCUCUCUUCCCUUUCUUCACACUCUCCCCACUCGUUCGUGCCCUCUCCUCUUGCCUCUCGUUUUCACAAAUCCUGCUGA